CCUCACCUUUCAUCUCCCGUACAAUACAAUGGCAUCACCAGAGGCUGGCUCGGCGGUAGCCUCGUCUUCUACAUCGUCUGCUGCUCCCCUGUUCAAGAAGAAGCGUGCCCGCCCUACGCCCGCCGUCGCCACCUCCUCCAGCUCCAAUUUCGCCACUUCCUCCGCUGCGUCCACUUCCGCCGCCACCUCCUCCACUGGUCGAGCUAGUAGGAAUCACCACGACGAUGACGAAGACGACGACGCUUCCUCGUCUCGCCCAACAGUUGUCCAAAAAGCGCGCAAGGUAGACUACUCCAACCCACUCAUCCAAUCCACCGGUUUCUCCCUAGCCAAGCGCAAUAGACUCGCAGCUGAGCAGGCUGCCGAGGAGGAAGGCGAUGACCCGCUACUAACAGAGGACGAAUAUUCCUCUGUCUCGGCUCGUGUCAAGGCUGGAGGAGCUGGAGUGCUGGGAAGCAACAGAGAUGACGCUACCCGUGGCGUGGACUGGUUCGACGAGGAAGAGUCUUCCGCCAAGAAGCCUCCGGCCCCACCUGGCUCUGGUACGAACGACGAUGGCGUGUAUCGCGGUCUCUCCUCCUACUCCUCUGCUCUACCUCAAUCCGACCACAAAAACAAAUACACACAACGCGGUCCCAUCCGUGCUCCAACCAACAUUCGAACCGUGACCGUAGUGGAUUACCAGCCAGACGUAUGCAAAGAUUACAAGGAGACGGGCUACUGUGGAUUUGGAGAUACGUGCAAGUUCCUUCACGAUCGAUCCGACUAUCUAGCUGGCUGGCAAAUGGAAGCCGCCUACCUCCCCAACUCUACCUCUAGGCGCGAUCUUGGUCCAGGCGAGGAAGACGCAGAUGAAGACGACGACGAAGAGGAGAUUCCCUUUGCCUGUCUACUCUGCCGACAACCAUUCACAGAUCCAGUCCAGACACGCUGUGGACACUACUUUUGCUCUGCUUGCGCCAUAAAGCGUUUUAGCAAGACGCCCAAGUGCUUUGCUUGUGGAGCUCAGACGGGUGGGAUCUUCAAUAGUGCUACAAAGGUUAUUGAGAGGAUGGAGAAGAGGAGGAGGGAUAAAGAUGAGCAGAAGAGGGAGAUUAGGAGGGGAUGGGGCGCGGAGGAGGAUACAGAUGGAGCCAUCCUCGCAGGAGUUGAAGUAGGGGCACAACAGGAAGACGACGAUGCUUGAGCAGCCUCAAGAUGUCCGACGACUUACCUCAAGCAAUGUCAUACCAUCUCAGACCAACGUCGGUCUCGAGCAACGAAGUGAAUCUGUACAAAGAAUAGAUUGCUUUCCGGUACCAUAAGAACUAACAGUGAACGAGAGAGAGAGAGACAUUAGAGGGGCUGAGCAGCCGCUUUACAAGAGGGUAUGAGGGUAUAUUGGCAAAGAAGGAGAUAGGCUAGACGAAGGAGGGGAAUACCACUGCGAUGGUGGGUAGAAAGCGAAAAGGGAAUAGCUGCCUGACAGAGGAUCAAGGUGAGAUCUGACCGGGCCACGGGUGCGUCUGUGAAGAGGUUGACCGAUGUGGCAGACCGGGAAGAUGGCAGUUUACUCAUUUAGUAGAGUCCGAUGAUAAGGACGAAGGUGGCGA